CGCAGAACUCGCGCGCGUGUUUCUUCCCACUCCACAACAGGCAAGGAGAUGCGGAUCUCUCCCCGAGUGACACUCCACCACCACUACCAGCAGCAGCAGCAGCGCGAUCGUCGUCAACAACAUCAACAGAGCAAUUAGCAGUGCACAGUGCAGUGCAGUAUUGAAGUCGCAACGGAAAGAUAAAGUGAUACCGUGGUGCAUCAAUACCCGGACACUUAAGUCGAAACAAAUGUUCAAAUUGUAAAAAGAUGUGUCCGGAUAUCGGUACCGUCCGGAUUUUGAUUCACCACGGUACAAGAAGAAAGUGUGAGAGUGGAAGCAACGGGCGGCAAAUGAUGAAGCCGCGGCGUGCGGGGGCCUCUCGGGGCUACGAGGAGAUGGAUGGUUCCAACGUGCCAGGGUAUGGGACGGGGGUCACUCGGAACGGAGCCACGGGAGCGUCGUCUAUCGGAAGCACCGGAAGCAGUACCGAUGCGACGAGUCCCAUCAACGGAAACGGAGGAGCUCCGCCGGAGUUCGAGUUGGCUUCGGUUAGCGUCGUGCCGGAUGAUACGUUUACGGUAACGCAGGCCGUCAAUGCGCUCGGGUUCGGGUGGUUCCAGGUGAAGUUGUCGCUGUGUGUGGGUCUGUGCUGGAUGGCCGAUUCGAUGGAGAUGACGAUUUUGAGUGUUUUGGGACCGGCGUUGCACUGUGACUGGGGCAUUACGAGGUACCAGCAGGCGCUAGUGACGACGGUGGUGUUUCUGGGGAUGAUGCUGAGCUCGACGUUUUGGGGGCAUUUGAGCGAUCGGUACGGAAGGAAGCCGGCACUGACACUGUGUGGUGUGUUACUUAUCCUGUACGGACUGUUGAGCUCAGUGGCGCCAAGCUUUGGAUGGUUGUUGCUGCUCAGGGGCUUGGUGGGAUUCGCCAUUGGAUGCGUACCACAAUCUGUAACACUAUAUGCCGAGUUCCUCCCAACAAAGCAACGGGCAAAAUGUGUCGUUCUGCUAGACUGUUUCUGGGCUUUGGGAGCGUGCUUCGAAGUGGCUCUCGCCUUAGCCGUUGGACCUAAUCUUGGCUGGCGCUGGCUUCUGGGACUUUCCGCAGCUCCACUGUUUGCUUUCGCCGUUAUUACUCCGUGGUUACCGGAAUCGGCCCGUUAUCACGUGGCCAGCGGUCAGAGCGACAAAGCUUUGACCACCCUGGAGCAGAUCGCCAAAGAUAACAAGCGACCGAUGCUGUUGGGCCGGUUGGUCGUCGAAGGACCCAGUGGAUCCCGUGGCAGUGUAAAAGCCUUGCUGGGAAGCUCUCUGAGAAGAACCACGCUUCUGCUGUGGUUCAUCUGGAUGUCGUGCGCCUUCUGCUAUUACGGUUUGGUUCUGAUGUCUACGGAGCUCUUCGGAGGAAAGAACAAAACUGUUCUACCGGAAACGGAAAACGAUUGCCACCCGUUGGCAACUACGGAUUAUAUGGAUCUGUUGUGGACGACUUUGGCCGAGUUUCCGGGUAUCUUCGCUACGAUUUACGUGAUUGAGCGAUUCGGUCGCAAGAAGACAAUGGCCUUACAGUUCCUUUUCUACGCGGGAUGCGUGCUUAUGAUCACCGUUACCGAUGUUCGCGUUUUUCUCACGAUCAUCCUGUUCAUGGCACGUGGCGUCAUUGCGGGUCUCUUCCAGGCCGCCUACGUGUACACUCCGGAAGUCUACCCUACGGCGCUGCGUUCAGUCGGAGUAGGCGGUUGUUCGGCUCUCGCUCGGCUCGGUGCCAUGGCGACGCCAUACGUGGCACAGGUUCUAUUCCAAUCGUCCAUUUGGAGUGCCGUUUCGGUGUAUGGAUUCUUCGCGGUUUGCGCCAGUGUUGCCUGCAUGCUGCUGCCGUACGAAACGAGAGGCACCGACAUGGGGCAAUGAUUUUUAUUUGGGAACAUUAUACUCACAGCGACAUAAACCAUAGCUGACACAAAGAUACCUCCUCGAUUGGUUAGGAACGAACAGAAGAAUCCCAUUUGUUAUCGCUCUUUAUUAUAGUCUAAGGAAGUAAGUGACGCAACUCUUGUUGACCGAAUGGAUCGUGUUUUCAAAAUGUUUAGAUUUUAGUGAAUGUGUGAAGUGUGUAUAUAAAGGACUAUUUAUUUAUAUUAAAUACCUUACUAAUGAUAUUUAUAGAAUAUUUUUUCGAAUAAAAUGUAUUUUCCUCUGUGUUUAA